GACACAGCGGGACAGGAACGGUACCGCACCAUCACCACAGCGUACUACCGAGGCGCCAUGGGCUUCAUUCUCAUGUAUGACAUCACCAACGAGGAGUCGUUUAACGCGGUGCAGGACUGGGCCACUCAGAUCAAGACUUACUCCUGGGAUAAUGCCCAGGUGAUCAUGGUGGGAAACAAGUGUGACAUGGACGAGGAGAGAGUUGUACCUCCUGAAAAAGGAAAACACCUGGCUGACCAGCUGGAACCAUUAGAGUGGUGUGUUCAACCAGAGAACCAAUCACAACAAACCAUUAGAGUGGUGUGUUCAACCAGAGAACCAAUCACAACAAACCACUAGAGUGGUGUGUUCAACCAGAGAACCUAUCAAAA